GGGCUUCCCGUCAGCCUCAGGGGGAGAUGUCGUUAUCGCCUGCUUCGUGGCAGGCCUGGCUAGCGCCUCCUCGCCCUCCUGCUCUGUCACCAAACGGGUCCUAGAUAAAGACCGUUUCUUGGUUGUCUAGCAACGAGCUUCCUCGUGAGAGGCGUCGGAAGCGCGCCGCUCCCCAUUCUGGGAGUUGUAGUCCCUCCGCGUUAACCGUUCCCAUACUGUUGAGCGUUAGUAGGAGCCAGGCUGGACUACAGAGACCGAGAACCACCGGGGACAGCCUAGAAAAAGGUUUACCUCACACGCCUCCCAAUGCAGGGCUGCCCUGAGUCUGCCGGGGCCACAGAAAGAGUGGCGGCGUGUAGCCCGAGACCCGCAUGGGGACGCUCGCCGAAUUACUCUCCCUCCAUGAGGGAGGCCGGAGGGGAGUCGGGCUUGGCGGAGUCUCUGGAGCGGUGUCAGGAACGCCUGCACGAUCGCGCUACUAAAAGCCACGCUCAAUUGAAGUAUGCCCUUGGUGAAAAAGAUCUGGCAAUGGGAGAAGGUGCUCAGUUAUUUUCUAAUACAGAUCCUAAUGAGAGUGAGAAUAAAGCUUGGCAGGAGCUACAGCACAACCAUGCAGUUAAUCAACUUAAAGCUUUAUUACGACAACAAGAAGAAAAAGAGACUGAAACAUCCCCAUCGAGGAGGAGGAGAAUGUCACCCACAAGAACAUCUAAUGCUACUGAUCAAACUUUGCCUGCCCUUUGUGAUCUCAUUUCUAUCAUAAAUGACCAGUCACAAUACAUUAACCACUUAGAAGCUGAAGUCAAGUUUUGCAAGGAGGAUUUAUCUGAACUGAAGUCUCAAAUAUGUGCAGUUGUGCUUGAAAAUGAGAAACUCCAUGAUAAACUGGAAGUAACAGGAGAGCACACUUUGAGAGAACAAACUCUUCUGGAUGCCUCAGGAAAUACACAAAAUGCCGGCGGUGGUGAUGAUUCUAAUGUUUGUGAAACUGCCAAAACCUCUCAUAUCAACGAGCAGGCUACAGCAGCUACAUUUCUGAUGGAUAAAUGGCAGCUAGAACUGGAAAAUCUAAAAUGUCUCUAUCAAGAACAGACAGAAGCACUUGAAGCUCAAGUCCUUUCCCUAAGAAAAGAGUUAUCAGAGUCUCAAAAAAAGUGUGAAGAUCUGAGUGGAAGAUUAAACCAUCAGCAUUUGCUCAGUGCAGCAAGUAGUUCCGUCAGAGUUGGUGGCCUUUGCUUACAAUGUGCACAGCACGAAGCUGUUCUUUCCCAGACACAUUCAAAUGUCCACAUGCAAACCAUUGAAAGGCUAACAAAUGAAAGAGAUGAGCUAAUGGCAGCACUUUCUUCAGUCAGAGUAAACCUGAGUGAAAUGCAGCAAAGGGAAUCUAACGCCUAUGAACAAGUGAAGCACGCUGUACACAUGACGGAAGAAGCCAAUUUGGAAAGAACUAAGGCUCUAGUCCAAUGUGAACAACUUAAAAAGGAAAUGGAAAGAAAGAGAGAGCGUAUUGAAAGAGAAUUAGCAAUACAAAUAGAUAAGAGGGCUGAAGAGCGAGAAGCAGUUCGUGAAGAAAUGAAGAAAGAAAAAGAGAACUUGUCAUCGUUGGUUAUGUCUUUAUCUCAGAAUGUGGCUAGCUUGGAGGGUCAAGUUGACAGGAUUACAAGGGAGAAGAUCUCUUUAGCCAAUCAACUAGAAGAAGCUCAGAAACAAAAUGCUUGUCAUGAUAUUGAGAUAAAUAAGGUGUGUGGAGAAGUACGCUAUCAGUUGAAUCAUGCCAAAAUGAAGAAGGAUGAGGCAGAAAAGGAACACAGAGAGUAUAGAAUAAAAACUGUAAGGGAACUUGAAAUUAAAAACCAGGAAAUAGAGAAAUUGCAAGUGGAGCUCAAUGAAUAUAAAUUGCGUUUGGAGCAAGCACUGCAGGAUACAGCAAGAGCUAAGGAAGAAUGUCUGAAACAAACAGAAUUGCUGGGUAAAGCUGAGCACCAACUGCACCUCACCAGGUUAGAAAAAGAGAACAUUCAGCACAGCUUUAGCAGUGAGGCAAAGACCCGAGCCCUUCAGGCCCAGCAGAGAGAGCAGGAGCUGACACAGAAGAUGCAGCAAAUGGAGGCCCAGCAUGAUAAAACUGUUAAUGAACUGGAUUCCUUGCUGAGUUCACAGAAUGCACUCUUAUCAAAAUUAAAAGAAGAGUGUUGCACAUUGGCAAAGAAGCUUGAAGAUAUGACAGAAAAAAACAGGUCUGAAGUCAGCCAGCUUACUCAGGAAAAUGAAUAUGUCCAUGACAGACUUCAGAAAAUGCUGAAAAGGAAUGAUGAAUUGGAGGAGCAGUGUAUCCAACAUGGAAGGAUGCAUGAGAAAAUGAAGCAAAGGUUACAGCAGCUUGACAAGCAUUGCCAGACUACUGCCCAGCAGCUAGUGGAGUUGCUGAACAAGCAGAAUGAGCUAUACAAGGAGAGGCAGAUGCUUACUGAGGAGGUGGAGUUCCUGAGGAUUCAGGUACCACUCAGAACCAGGAAAAAAUGAAUAAAAGCUGGAGAAAAACGUUUGACCAUCAGUGACUAAAACAAAAGAACCGGUCCAAUCCAGUUUCAACAUCUGAAUCCUGUGAAUUCAAAUUCAAAUCCUCACCUUUAUACAGUUGUUGAUCUGGACACUCUAAGCUUCCCUCUACUUCCCCAGUUUUUGCGCUUUCUCCUUCCCUAGAAGAGGAGCUCAUUUGAAGGCUCAGCUGUCAUAAAAAAACACAGCCACAUCUGGACAUUACAUUUCCAGUGAGCAGUGGAAAGAAUGCUGUAGGUGCCAGUUACAAAAAGGCAUUGGGGCAUUUAAGAACACAAAAUGGCCGCCACUGCGAAAAUAGCAGGCACCCCAACUACACCCGCACCCAUGGAGAAAAAAGGCAUGACAUCAGCCACUGUUGCAUUUGUUCAGAGAAGUGCACAAUUUGCACAGAAGGGAGGGGCAGUGGGUGUCCAGUCCUGGUACCCAGUGAAAUUGGGGCAUGUUUUAGGAGGCAUGCUCAGUGCAGGAGGAACAAACUCUCUCAUAUGUUGUGGAUUUUGGAGGGGAUAAUUGCUGACUUUUUUUGCAGCUGCCAUAAGAAGUACUGGUGGGUCCACUGACACUAUAGGUGAACAUGAUACGAUCCAGUUGCAGUGAGUCUUGAGCUUGUUUGAGGAGUUCAGAAGCUGUCACAUGUGCUUUGAUCAUCUGAACCAAGAAACUAUGGGUUGUUUAAAAUUAUUGUGUAUGAUUAACAAAGUGUGCUUUCCUUACGUGGGGCAGAUACCAGAAACCUUGUGCUAUGUAUUCCAAAGUCUGACUAGAUAUGGAGUAUAAGCAACCUUCUUUUUAUAAAAGAGCUGCUUCCUAUAAAAAUUACUACCCGAGUUGGUAAAACGUAAGGUGCUGGCACACACAUGACUUGAUAAAUGGUAAAAUGUCUCUCCCACCCUCCCCUCUUCCAGCAACCCUAUCUCCCUUCUCUACUGAAUUCGAGAUGAGUUUUUAAGUAUAUACAUUAUUCAUAUAUUUCAAAUAAAAAAUAUUUAAGGUCCAUCUUUUGAAACUGCACACUUAUAUUAAAAUCACUGUUAACAAUAUGGUCAGUUGUCAUGAACAAAGUCAACAGAACUACUGCAUGGUGUGUCCUUCUUACUAAACAACAAGGGAGUAGGUGGCGCUUUGGUCUAAACCACAGAGCCUCUUGGACUUUCUGACCAGGUUCCAGUUCUGCCAUCAUUCACCACCAGAGGUCACUAUUAGAGGAUCAAUUAUGACUGCGUUUUUCUCUGUGAGAUACAGAAAUUCCAAAAUAGAACUGGGAAGAUGUUACCAGCUUGAGGGUCACAUGCCUGGAAAGGUUACCCAUGUGAGGAAGUCAGUGGUGGGUCAGCCAAAACCCCAUAUAAACCCCAUAUGAACAUCAUCAUCCCCCUCCUUCAUGCACAAUAAAUGACAAUGUAUGAAUGGUAGGGGAAUUAGGGAUGUGUGUGGAUCCCUGUGGAUUCCCUUUUUUGUGUGAAAGGGGCCUUUUCUUAGCAUAAAGCCAGCUUCCUCUUGAUACAGUGGCCCAUCCGUUGUAAUCUGAUAAAAUUCACAGUAAACUGUAUUUUCGCACAAACCUGUCAUCUCUAUUUAAGAAAAUAAGAGGCAGGGAACCAAAUGUGCCUUAAAAGCAAGGGCUCUGUUAUUUUCUGCUAAACACGAACCGUGUUUAGAACUCAUUAAAACCUUGAUUUUCCAGAAUGAAGUAUUGCCAUGGCGUGUUUUUUGCCUCUCAAAGUAAAUGGUCAGCUUAUGCAAGUUACACGCCUUUGAAACCAUGUUUUGUUACAGAACAGUGCAAUGUUCUCCACAAUUGACAAACCUUUCUUUUGAGACCUUAACCACAGGAAGAAAGCAAUAUAAAUAAACACUUGCUGCUCUUACAAGUGACAGAAGUCAAUCUUUGGUUUUUCUCUUUUAGUUACCCAGUGAGCUACAGCUGCGAUACUGAGCGGCUGAAGCUAACUUGGAAAACAGCCUUCGUUAGAUGAGAAUUCUGUAUCCAGUUUCAGCUUGUUGACCUGAAGCUCUUAAAUAAUUAAAUCUUUGCAAAUUUAUCUUCUUGCUCUGGAAAUAAGUCGUCCCUGUCUGCAGAUUUUGUGAAUUGGUUCGGUCUUUUUGAGCAUUCAAGGCUGCUUGUUCUUCCUCACCCAAGAAAAUACGUCUGGAUCUAUUUCUGGGAAGUUGCCCAUAAAUUCCAUUGGGCGGGAGGACACCAUCACCUUCCCCUGCUUUGGGUGAGAGCUUGGAAUCAUACAGAGGAGAAGCACAAGUCACUUUCUCUUGCACUUCCUUUGAAUGCUUAACUCUACCCUAAUUUAAAAUAGUUUGCACCCCCACUUAUUAUUGCCCCCACUCACCUUAUGUUAUUUUUUUAACUUCCAACAUUUAUUGCUUGCCCUUUAUCAAAUUCUAGAUAAGGAGCAGGGCUACAAUUGCUCCAGGGUUGCAGAACAACUUCCUUAGCAAGGUUAGAAACUGGUCUGGUUUUGCGGCUUUUGAGAGAAGGUGCAAAGCAUCCGUCUUUUGAGAAGUGGAUGGCAAGGAGGGGAAAGAGCAUUGUUGGCUCAUUUCUGUAGUAUAGAUUAUUGUUUUUAUUGCUACUUCUGGGUUUUUUGCUGGAAGUUGCCUCAUGGCUUGGAGAGGUGAUAUUUAAUUGUUUUAAAUAGAUAUGUCAUAAAAUACAUGUCUUUGUUAACCUUUAAGCAAGGCACACAAGUGUAUCUUCCACAGAUAACAUUUUAUUUAUUUAGAACAUGGGUAGGCAAACUAAGGCCUGGGGGCCGGAUCCGGCCCAAACGCCUUCUAAAUCCAGCAUGCGGACAGUCCUUUUAUUUAAAAUGCAUCUCUGGGUUAUUUAUGGGGCCUGCCUGGUGUUUUUACAUGAGUAGAAUGUGUGCUUUUAUUUAAAAUCUCUGGGUUAUUUGUGGGGCAUAGGAAUUUGUUCAUUCUCCCCCCCAAAAAAAUAGCCCACCCCCCAAGGUCUGAGGGACAGUGGACCGGCCCCCUGCUGAAAAAGCUUGCUGACCCCUGAUGAACAUAAGAUGUUUUUCAAAAUCAAUUUUAUUAUGGUUCAGAGACAGGAAACUUUUAAAGGUGUAUAUAUUGAUCCCAUGACCUCAGCUGCAGGAUUUUGCUACAGCAAGACAACAAUGUUGCAAAGUUGUUGAGGACUUCAGUAAGCACCCGAGAUGGAUAGGUAUCAUUUAAACAAUACUACUGGGCAAAUGAAAUACUGGUAGUGAUCUUUCUCAUGGAUUUAUAAAUGGUCCCACUGCAGUUAAUUUUCCUUUCCCACAAAUAACAUCAAUUAUCCUGGACUGAAUUAUUUUUCCUGCUAAAUAUUACUUACAUGGAAAUGUUCUUCACUUUUAUACCCCGGGACUCUUUGGUUUAAGACUGUUAUCUCCUUAGUGCUGGUUCAUAGAGUUUUGGGGCCAAAAAGCACAAUGGUCACAAUCCUUGUUGCUGCCAUGCGCCUCCAAAGCAGGAGAGUAGGGGUUCAAUUUAAAGAACAAAAAGGGCAUGCAGUGCCAAGGUGUUAAACCUUCACUUCCCGGCCUAUGGCUUACCUCUCUGUGCAGUCCAACCAGGGCUGGUUUUGAUGCUGAAGCUUCUAAAUACCUGUCUCGGAAGGUGAGCUUGCCCCGUUUGUAAUUCUCUUGUUGCACCACAAAGACAUUCUGUAAAAACUGUUAGUUGUCUGGGAGAGUGUUGCCGAGUAGAAAGCGACUCCCUUUUGCUCUUUAAAUUAGAUCUCUACCUUUGUACGUGGUCAGUACAGAACCGCAUUUAAAGAAAUGGGUCUGUUGCAGUGCAUCUAAGUUUGGUCCUUAGAAGGGACCUUGGAAACUUCUGUGCCCCUGUGGCAUCCAUCAACCACAGCAAGCCCAUGCUGGUGUCCCUCCAUCCACCUCUUCCUUAUCUGAUGAAUUAAUAAGAGAGAAUUCCUUAAGAAGGAACCACUAUUGGCCAUGGCUGCUGAAUAUGGCUGCUGAAUAUGGCUACGGCCUUGUCUUUUCUUGCCAGAUUUGAGCUGCGCUAGGGAGGUAAAGAAGAAGCUGCAAGACUACUUUCAUAGUUUCUCUGGUGUUUGCUGUUCUUCUGUUCUUCCCCUUCACAACGUCAGGCAAAAACAGCAGUUCCUCCUGUCUACUGGAAAAUCAAAGGUGCUGCAACGGUGAUUCUUGGGCAACCUAAGUAGAGCAGGUUUCUCCUUGCAAGAAGCAUGACUAGAAGAAGGCUUCUGCCAUAGAUGCCUGUAGUAGCUGUCUGAGCCAUCAGCAUGUUUGUGCACCAAAACUUCUUUCUAUAUACAUGGUGUUGCAUAAACACUUGGCGCAAACACUUGUCUUGGUUAAGAUAUUAGAAGAGCUCUUCAAGAUCACAUACUCCUUUGGCUUCUGGCUUAUGUGCUCCUACUUCUCUUCCCUCUGUCCGCACUUGAUUAAGUCUGCACUGAUUUCAUCACUAAUCAUAGUUAAAUCAGAAUUUGAAAUCAGCUUCCAAACUUAACAUCAAAAUCUGGUUUAAGGCUAGCAAUAAGUUAAUUGUUAGCUUAGUGCAGACAUGAUGCUAAGCAGUCAGCACUGAACAAGGACAGGGGGAGUCAAAGGGAGAUGAGGAACAGUAUGUGAGCUCAUGGAAGAAGGAGAGUAGACAGUCCCAAUCUCUUAAAUAUAUUCAAUCUGUACCAAACCGAAGAGGCUGACAUAGGAACAUUUAUCCAGUGGCAAAGCAGCAAGUUCUGGGUUGCAUGUCAUUUUUAAUAAGCUAAUUUUACCCCUAAUAAAUAUUAAAAUGAAAGUUAUUAAUUUCUCCAAGUAAUAUUUUUAUCUCCGAUAACUAAUUGUAAGAAUCCUGCAAAGAAUUUAUCAGUAGGUGAUAUUGAUGGACACUAAACCGUGUUCAGAAUCAAAGUCUUUGAUCCCCUAUGUCUUAAAAGAUAUUUUGGUAACAAACCUAAAGACUUACAACAAGUUUGCUUUGAAUAUUGAUUACCAAGGCAAUAAUUUCAUUUCAACCUUAUAAAUACAUAAUAAAUAUUUAUUAAAUACAUGUUUUGAAAUGUUUCUUAAUGUUAUCCACCCUGAGCUUUCAGCAAGCAACAGGGUGGGUUUAAGAAAAACAAGCCAAAUAAAUAAAGGUGUACAUGCUUGACAGAAGUAAACAGAAGACGUGUAAGCUAUGUCAUUUUACAAAAAUAAAAAUGAAAAAUGGCUAAAGCAAACAGCUAUGCAAUUAUUAGAAUUCUCUCGAGUAUUAACUCAAAUUCUAGAGCUCAAUUUCAAUCUACAUGUUUAAGAGGACGAGUUCCACACUAUUUCUGCC